AUUAGUCAGUGGCAGUUUUGAAAUAUCACAACAAUACAGUACCGUUUUUGUCACAAAAACAAGGAAAAAUCAAUUAACGACUUUUUGCAUCUGUCAGUGUCUCCGUCGUCUUCUGAUUAUCCUCCUAAUCGGAGAAGAAGGGCAACCAAAUCCCCGCUGUAAGUCGUCGUUUUCUAAGGCAUCGAAAUCUUCGUCCUCCGAAUUCGUGGUUUUCUGAUUCUCCUCGGCGCUCCUCACGGGCACGGUAGCCUGAGCGCGCGGCGCUCGAUUGAUUCCAUGGUCUGGUCUUCUGCGAUUCGUAAUCCGACGGUGGCGAUGGCGUCGGGGCAGAAACAAUCGGCGAAUGUGGAUCUCUUCGAUGCGUAUUUCCGACAAGCCGAUUUGGACCGCGAUGACCAGAUUAGUGGCAAUGAAGCCGUCGCUUUCUUCCAGGGCUCCGAUCUCCCCAAACAGGCUUUCAACAACAGCAACCCAUGCCUGGUCCUGGUGCUCGGCACAUGGCAACCCCAGCUGGAGGAAGGCCACCGAAGCCAGUUGCUCCUUCUCAUACUGAGGAAAAUCAGCAGGCCAAGCAGCAGAAACCUAGAGUACCAGAAUUGGAGAAACAUCUUGUAAAUCAAUUGAGUACAGAGGAGGUUAACUCACUGAACUCAAAGUUCAAAGAAGCAACCGAAGCUGAUAAAAGAGGUACUUAGAACUUUUAUGUUUCCCCAAUUUUUUCAGCUUGAGUAGAAUAGUUAUGUGUGCAUGUUACUUUCUGAUAAGUGUCAAAUCAUGACAAAUAUCCCAAAGACUUGGAAUUCUUGUGAUUGGGGGUUUUACUUUGUUCUUAAUAUCGCUCAUUUCCGUGGAGAAGAUUUUGAUCGUGUUUAAGUAGGGAGACUGUUCGGGUUUUGAAGCUCAUGAUCAGUUCUUUUAUAAUAGUAAUCUUAAUGAUUGGCACUUCAUUUGUAUUUAGUGCAUGGCAGUCAUUUUACUUUCUUUGCGAUUGUGGGGGACAACUUAACCGAAGAGAUUGCUUUUUGUUGAGGUGAUUGGGUAGGCAAUUAAAGCAUUCCUUUUUAUGCACCAUAAUGGUGAUGAAAUAAAGAUCCAAAUUUGGUUGAA